AUGGAUCAACUUUACUUUGAUGGAAUGGCAAUAUGUAGUUAUGUUGGAUUUCCCGAUCUAUUCAUAACGUUUACGUGUAAUCCAAACUGGCCGGAAUUGAAACGUGUACUUGCUUCUAAUAAUUUGACACCAGCAGAUCGGCCGGACCUCAUAACGAGAAUAUUUAAGAUGAAAUUCGAUGAGUUACUGUCAGAUUUGACUAAAAAAAGUUGUAUGGGCAAAGUUCUUGCGUAUAUGUACACAAUUGAGUUUCAGAAGAGAGGCCUUCCCCACGCUCAUAUUUUGAUAUUUCUACAUCCAUCCAGCAAAUAUCCAACACCUGCUGAUAUUGACCGUAUUAUAUCUGCCGAAAUUCCGAACAAGGACACCGACGGAGACUUAUAUAAUUUGGUAAAAAGUCACAUGAUUCACGGACCAUGCGGAAACGCAAACCGGUCUUCGCAAUGCAUGAAGGAUGGUAAAUGUUCCAAAUACUUUCCUAAAGACUUUCGGGCUGAGACAGUUGUCGAUCAAGAUGGUUAUCCGGUUUACAGAAGAAGGGACAACGGUCACACUGUCAUUAGGAAUGGUAUAGAGGUUGACAAUAGAUUUGUUGUUCCUUACAAUGCAAAAUUGUUGUUGAAGUUCAGAACUCAUAUUAAUAUGGAAUGGUGCAAUCAAAGCACAUCCAUAAAAUAUUUGUUUAAAUACAUCAACAAAGGCUAUGAUCGAAUAACUGCUGCAAUUGUCAUGAAUGAAAAUGGAUGUCCUAUUGAGCGUCAAGAUAUUGAUGAAAUCAAGCAGUAUAUUGACUGUAGGUAUGUUUCUCCAAGUGAAGCAUCUUGGAGGAUUUAUGGUUUCCCCAUUCAUGGAAGGAAACCAGCUGUGGAAAGAUUACACUUCCAUUGCGAAGGUCAACAUUCAGUCUACUAUACUGACAUCAGCAAUGUUUCCAAUGUCCUUGAGAAACCAAGUGUAACUGAAUCGAUGUUUACGGCAUGGUUUGAAGCUAAUCAGAAAUACACCGAAGCUCAACAGUUAACUUAUAGCAAUUUUGUUUCAAAGUUUGUAUAUGUCAAAAAGAAGAGAGAGUGGAAACCCAGGCAGAAGGGUUACACAAUUGGCAGGUUAAUUUGGGUUCCUCCAACUACAGGAGAAUUGUACUUUCUCAGAAUGAUGCUUACACAUGUGAAGGGCCCUCGAAAUUAUUCAGAACUAAAAAUAGUUAACAACGUCAAGUACGAUACUUUCCGUGAUGCAUGUUUUGCAAUGGGCUUUAUUGGGGAUGAUCGUGAAUUUAUAGCUGCUAUUUCAGAGGCAUUUCAGUGGGGUUCUGGCCACUAUUUAAGAUUGCUUUUUGUCCACAUGUUGUUGUCAAGUAGCAUUAACAGACCAAGGCAUGUAUGGAGCAAAACAAGGCAUCUUCUAUCUGAUGGAAUUCUUUACUCUCAGCAGACUAUUGCCAACAACAGAGAAAAGCUACUACAACGCAACCGUAAGAGCCUAAGCGACUUUCCUGGGAUGCCAAAACCACAAGGAUAUGUUCCCGAAGAAUUUGGCAACAAGCUUAUUUACGAAGAGCGGAACUACAAUCCCGAUGAACAACUUCAAGAAUUUAACAUGCUGUAUCAGAAUCUCACAGAUGAACAAAGGGAUGUAUUUAAGCAAAUCAUGAUGGCCGUGAAUAACCAGAAUGGAGGCGUGUUCUUUCUUUAUGGUUACGGCGGUACAGGCAAAACCUAUAUGUGGAGAACACUAGCUUCUUAUAUAAGAUCAAAGAAACAAAUAUGUCUGACAGUUGCUUCUUCUGGAAUUGCCUCACUAUUACUUCCAGGUGGCCGGACGGCGCAUUCUAAAUUCAAAAUUCCGAUUCCCACGCUUGAAUCUUCCACAUGCGACAUAAACAAAGGGAGCGAUAGAGGUGAUCUACUAAAACUAUCAAAGUUGAUAAUCUGGGACGAGGCUCCAAUGUGUCACAAAUUUUGUUUUGAGGCAUUGGAUAAAACUCUGAAGGAUAUCAUGGGUGGAUCCAAAGCAUCAAAUAAAAUAUUUGGAGGUAAGGUAAUAGUCUUCGGCGGUGAUUUCAGGCAAAUUCUUCCAGUUAUUCCAAGAGGCAGCCGCUCAGAUAUAGUUCAUGCUACAAUAAAUUCAUCAUACAUAUGGGAUCACUGCAAGGUUUUGAAACUCACAAAGAACAUGCGACUACAGCAGUCGGCAAAAUCCACCAGUUCUGCAGAGUUAAGACAUUUCACAGAUUGGAUUUUAACUGUUGGAGAUGGGAAGAUAUCAGAACCAAAUGAUGGUUACGCAGAGAUCGACGUUCCUAAAGAUCUGUUGAUCUCUGAUUUUGAUGAUCCCCUCGAGGCAAUAUUUGAAAACACCUAUCCAAAUUUUGCCGUUAAUUACAAUAAUGUGGAUUUUCUACAGUCAAGGGCAAUAUUAGCUGGAACCAUAGAGACUGUUGAUCAAAUCAAUCAGUAUAUUUUAGAAUUUGUUCCCGGUCAAGAGAAAGAGUAUUUAAGCUCGGAUUCAGUUGAUACAACAGACGGUGACGGCAAUGAAUCUUUUGAUGUUUUAACUCCAGAAUUUUUGAAUGCCUUGCAAACUUCCGGUGUCCCCAAUCAUAAAAUCAAAUUGAAGAUCGGUACACCAAUAAUGCUUCUCAGGAAUAUUGACCAAGCAGAAGGCCUUUGCAAUGGAACACGUCUCAUUGUUACAAAAUUGGCCGAUCAUGUUAUAGAAGCAAAAAUUAUUUCUGGAAAGAACAUUGGUGGUGUCGUAUACAUUGCACGAAUGGACAUAACUCCGACUCAAUCACCAUGGCCCUUCCGAAUGACCAGAAGACAGUUUCCUAUAAUGGUAUGCUACGCUAUGACAAUUAACAAAUCUCAAGGUCAAUCUUUAGAUUUCGUCGGUAUAUAUUUGCCAAGAAGCGUGUUCAGUCAUGGUCAAUUUUAUGUGGCAGUAUCAAGAGUAAAGAGCAAAAAGGGCCUAAAGAUUUUAAUUCACGACAAAGACAAACAACCAUUGUCGGUGACGACGAAUGUCGUUUUCAAAGAAGUCUUUGAAAAUUUAUAG